AUGGAAGGCUAUUUGCCGGGGCCGGAAUGUGCUUCGGGCGAUUCCCAGCUCCCCCAGGGGACUGGAUUUCGUCUAUUAUGGUACUUUACAAUUAUAACCAAACUCCUUAGUGCAGUCCCCAUUGCUUUGGAUGAGAGGACAGACGAGAUUGACAAACGUCACAAGGGGGAAAUUCAACCCGAGCCAGGAUCCCUUCUUCGCCGGAAACAUCGGUUCGCGACCAACGCCAAAGGGACACGUCUCCCUCCCGGCACGCAAACCCCAAACGUACCUUUGCUCUUUUUUUUUUUCGUACGAAAGACAGCACGCAACAAUGCUUCGUUCCUGGUCGAGAGUCACGAUUGGACUAAGCUUGCUCGUGUCGAGCACCGACAUCGUGGGAGCCUACCAACCGCAACCACCACCGACACGUCGGGCCUUGUUCGAUCAAGCGAUUGCCGCAACGGCAGCGGCUGUCGUGGCGGGAACGACUUGGGCGGGAGGGCCACCGGCACCCGCCUGGGCGUCGGUAUAUACGUGCAUGACACGACACGACGGUCCCAGAAUUUGGUCGACAGAACUGGAAACUUCUCGAUCGUGGAACUCACGUGCUCGGCCGCUCGCUCACUCUCCCCCGUCAUGCUUGCGCAUGCCAAAUACUACAGGACCAUUCCGAUUGCGAAACGACGUUAUUAUGGACGCGUCCAGCAAGCAGUGCACGAAUUCUUGGCCAUGGGAGGCGAUGUCGUCAAGGGUGACUUUACCGCGUUUCCCGUCCAAAACUUUUUCGACGUGGAAGGAACCGUGAUUGUCCCCGCCAAACGCAAAGACAUUCGCGGACAGUGUACCAAAAAAGACCAGGAUUGUAAAGGCAAAGAAAUUCGGGACAGUCGCUACAACGACAUGAAGGCUAGUAUGUACCUGCUAGGCAACGCUUUCCGGACGGAUCAGCAAAAACCUCCCGAUCGAUUACCGACCGUAAAGGCCGCCCGGGCUUUUUUCAAGGAAAUCGACGCCAUGGAAAAGCUAGUUGCUAAGAAAAAACCAAAAGCCGGAGACCCCGUCGUCGUUGGACACUAUGCGGCGGCUUUGGAAAUUCUAGACACAUACCUUGACUUGGUCGAACUUCCUCCGACGAGUUCUGGUCACUACGAUAAAGACUUUGAUACGCUCGUGGGAGAAUCUGCGCGCAUCACCUAA